AUGGUUUCUUUUGUGCCUGUGGUAUGGGAUUCGCAGGCUGUUAGUGGUAUUGCUGGUUCUGUUUCUAUUGCGUGCUGGGUUGUUGUGUUUGUGCCGCAGAUAUAUGAGAAUUUUUAUAGAAAGUCCGCUGAUGGGUUGUCUCUGCUGUUUGUGGUGCUGUGGCUUGCGGGUGACGUCUUCAACCUUGUCGGUGCGAUGAUGCAGCACUUGUUGCUGACUAUGGUGAUUCUGGCUGCCUAUUAUACUGCCGCUGAUGUGAUUUUGCUGAUACAGUGUUUGUGGUAUGACAAUGAGGAGAAACUGGACCCUAUUCACUUCUCGCCCGCAAACCCGAUAAAUGAAAAUGUGCUGCAGGAUGUGUUUAAUGAGCACCAGCCUCUGUUGACCAGUGGCGAGCCUACAAGGGGUUCAGAAGCAGAGAAUAACUCUCGUUCCCAGGCCAUCGAAGCCCUGUUAGAGGCCGAUGAGCAGAAGACCAAGAGAUCGAACCUGUUUAACGACUUCACUAUUGUGGCCCUUGUCAUCCUAGGUGGUAUUGUCUCCUGGUAUGUCUCUUACUGUGCCAAUCCACCUGAACCUAUCGUAGGUGAGCCUGACGUGGAAAUGAAUAUGCUAGCUCAGUCAUUUGGCUACUUGAGUGCUGUGUUAUACCUGGGUUCUAGAGUGCCUCAGAUUCUACUGAACUUCAAACGUAAAUCCUGCGAAGGUAUCUCGUUUUUGUUCUUCCUUUUUGCAUGCCUGGGUAAUACCACUUUUAUAAUUUCAGUGCUUGCAAUCUCUACCGAUUAUAGAUAUCUCCUGGUGAACGCUUCCUGGCUGAUAGGAAGUUCAGGUACACUGGUAAUGGAUUUCAUAAUAUUUAUCCAAUUUUUUGCAUACGGAACAAGUAAGCCCAUAGAGCUUCCAAGAGAUGAAGAAAGGUUGGCCUAA